AUGAAUGGUUUGCGGAAAGUGUUUACACCUGAAGUGACCACUAGGAUGUAUGGUUUGACUCAUUUAGAGUUAGAUAGAGACUUGUGUAAUCUGACAGAGUCUAUAGGAAUGUAUGACACAAAAACAGCAUGGAUGAUGAUGUGUCCAAUAUUAUUGGUGCUUGGAACUGUCACCGGUGUCAUCAACCUGAUGGUCCUCACAAGGAGAAAAAUCCGAAAGAAUUCGUCCGCCAUGUUUUUUAUUGCUUUAGCUGUAGCGGAUCUGAUCGUACUCCAUACAGGUCUCACAAGGCAGUGGCUUAUAUACAGCUUCGAUUUAGAUAUUCGGAUGAAAAAUAACUUUUUGUGUAAAACGAACUAUUUCAUAGUGUAUCUGUCCCUCCAGAUGUCAUCGUGGACACUUGUGCUGAUUACCAUUGAACGGAUGAUCGUUGUUCAGUUCCCGUACAAGGCUAAAGUGUUGUGUACAAGGACAAGGGCGCUAAGUGCUAUCCUGUUCAUCUUCCUUGUUCUUUUCCUGGUCAACAUGCACAGUCUUAUAGGUGGAGAUAUCACAACAACUACAAACAGCUUUAACUCGACAACCUAUGUUGUAUGUGGAGGCAUCACUGAGCACUACCACACAUUCCGACGAUACUAUUGGGGCUGGAUUGAUCUUCUCAUAUUCUGUGUUCUUCCAUCGUGCAUCAUAUUAGCUUUGAAUACGAUUAUCAUAGUUAAACUCACAAAACGCUAUAGGACCAGAAGGAAGACUCUUCCAGCACACAUUAUCCAUUCAAGUAGACGACAGAUGAGCUUUGAAAAUUUCACCAAGAGCUGGACAUCGACUAUAUCUCUCCUUAUUCUGCUAGACGCCUGGUUCAUUGUUUGUACCCUGCCUGUCUGUGUUGUGCUGGUGUUGUAUAACUGGUGUGCCUGGUUCCAGUCAGAGGACGAGAUCAAACUUGUAUGGGUGACUACAAAUAUCUUGAUGUACAGCAACAAUACCUUUAAUUUCUUUUUGUACUGCAUCAGCGGCUCUAAAUUUCGCGAGGAACUUAAAGAUAUUUUCUGCCAAUGUUUUGGUUACAGAGCAGCUGUCAGUAGAACCGAUUACAGUGUACCGAAUCAACCAUUAAGAUUUUGA